AUGGAUGCUGAGCCGUCGGAUGCCAUUCCCAAACCCUCUGAACCGUCCAAGACAGCCCUCAGCGCCGAGGACAGUGAGAAGGCGGCUGUCCUAAUUCAGAAAUCUUAUAGAGGACAUCGCACGCGCCGCCAACUGAACGGAUUUGGUCUGGAUGCCUCGACACGGUGGUAUGAGGCGGUACGAGAUGCGCAAUUCAAAGCACACACAUCACCCCAACCUCCCGCCUCUUCCCGUGACGGCCCAAACACGAACAACGGCACCACAUCACCCGCAAGGCUGAAAUGGAGUCGAGCGACCGAAGUUGCUCGCAGGGCUGGCGCCGAUGACCGUUCCCCGUCCAUCUCCGAGUUCUCCUCAGAUGAAGGCACCGAAAAUGCCCAGGGCUCACCCAGCGGUAUGAUCCAAGAAGAGAGGGAAGAGAUGGAUGCGGCAAAAAGAAAACAAGCCGAGGCCAACGCCAUGAGGAAGAAGACUGCAAAAAUGAUGGAUUUGCAAUAUUUUCUUGAGAUGGUGGACCAGAAACACCGUUAUGGGAGUAAUCUGCGCAAAUACCAUGCCUACUGGAAAACUCAAGACACUGAUCAGAACUUCUUUUACUGGCUGGACCAAGGCGACGGCAAGAAUGUGGACCUUCCAGAGUGUAGUCGAGCACGACUGGACAAGGAACAAGUGCGAUACCUGUCACGCGAAGAACGUCUGAACUAUCUCGUCAAGGUCAACGAAAAAGGCUUGCUUGUCUGGGCCAAGAACGGUGAACUUGUUUGGACCAAGGAUGAGCUAUUCAAAGACAGCGUAAAUGGGAUAGUUCCCAUAGAUGACUCCGCACCGAAAUGGAAGUACAACGUUCCGCCGCCAGAUGCGAGUGAAUCCGACAGCAGCUCUUCAGAUGAAUCAGAGGCAGAGGAUGAAGAUGACAACACGGCGGGUGACGAAGGAGAGAGAUAUGUCAAUGAAGAUUUCCAUCGAGCCAGGGGGGUGUCCAAAGUCAAGUAUGUCAGUGCGGCAGUGUUGUUCAACCACAUGAUCAGAACAAGCUUGAAGAAAGGGCACAAGUGGAUCUUUGUCUGCGAUACCUCGUUUCGACUGUACAUCGGGUACAAGCAGUCGGGGGCAUUCCAACACUCGUCGUUCUUAUACGGCGCACGGAUUCUGUCAGCAGGGUUGAUUAAGGUUAAGCAUGGUCAAUUAAGAAAGCUAUCACCCUUGAGUGGACACUAUCGGCCGCCAGCAGGAAAUUUUCGAGCCUUCGUGCAUAGUCUCCGAGACGAAGGCGUCGACAUGUCGCGCGUAUCCAUCUCCCGGAGCUAUGCAGUGCUGGUUGGCCUGGAGACUUACACCAAAACUCGCAAGCGCGUCAAGGCGGCUGGUGACACUGUCGUGUAUAAGAAGGAUAAGUUGCUCAAUCCAGAGAAGGUCAAAAUGGAGGAAGAGGCCAAGCGAGACAAAUCCCAGAGCGCGGAGAAGGAGCGGCAGUACCUGGAACAGCAACGCGAGGCUCAAGAACGCGAAGCACGCGAACGCCACAAGGCAAAGCGAAGCGUGACGGGCAUAGUUUCCGGUGCCUUUGGCAAACUCAAGCUUCGGAAGGAAAGUAGCGACAAUGCUGCGGUGGAGGAGGAACAGGGUAAACGAAUCCUGGGCACAGGGCCGGAGGAUGGCGUGCCUCCGCCCGAAGGCCACCGUUGA